AUGAAUCCUCUUAUUCUAUUGAAGAAUGCUGCUCAAAAUGGAGAUGUUAACAAGUUAUAUCAAGCGAUAGCUAAAGAUUCUAAUGUUUUGGAGCAUUAUGAUAAAACACCUUUCGCUGAAACUCCAUUACAUAUAGCUGCAACUCGAGGGCAUAUCAAUUUUGCUUUAGAGAUAAUGAGGCUUAAACCAUCUCUUUCCAAGAAGCUAGAUGAACAAGGGUGGAGUCCCAUGCACGUUGCGUUGCAACAUAACCAGACCGCGAUGGUGUAUCGGCUCAUAGAGACGGAGCCAACCCUUGUUGGUGUCAAAGGAAGGGAGGGUUUCACUCCACUGCACUACGUAGCUCAAAACGACGAAGUUAAACUCUUGCGUGAGUUUCUAGCGGUAAGCCCUCAUUCCGUCAUGGAUACCACGAAUAAAGGCGAAACGGCUCUGCAUAUCGCUGUGGAGAAGGGAAAUACCAGAGCUUUAGAGGCUUUGUUGUCGUUUCUUCGAAGGUCAUGGUAUAGGGAGGCACUAUAUUGGGAAGAGAAAGUAAACUGGAAGGAUGAAAAUGGUUUCACUGUACUGCAUGUAGCAGUGAAGAUGAACGAUAUCCAGCUUUAG